UACGGUAAUUUUCGAGUGAUAAAAAUUAAUAAAAUAAAGUGUUAAAAAAGAUGUUGAAAAGUGAAGUGAUGUGUGAAAAAUUAACAAAAAACAAUAUAUUAUGUCGUGCCACAUUGCGUGGUCUAAAAAAGUGUACUUCCUGUGGUUACAUUAACGGUCAGCGAGCCUUAAUAUGUCGUAAUGUUAACUGUGAUUUGCGUAAAAAGAGACUUGCCGCCAUUAAACCUUUUGAUCCCAUACAAUUGAUUACAUAUGGCCGCACAAAACUCUACUCGUUACGCAGUAAAGAGAAAUUACUGCAGCCGCGUAAUUUUGUAAGCAUUACAGAUUGUGUGGGACCAAUGGAAUCGCAACCGGGUGCAGUUUGUUAUGUGGACAAUUGCAAAUAUGAUGCUUUUGAGCCCACGCAUUUAGUUUGUCGACACAUUAAGGCCUGUAAAGUGUUGAGGGAUGUUGCUCUGGCCGAGGUGUAUCCCAUAGAUAAAAGCAUUUUGUGGAAUCUUAAUAUACCAGUUGAACAGAAACAACAUUUAUGGGAUUUAUAUCAAUUGGAGGAGAAAAUGAUACAUCCCAUACAGAAACUAAAUUCCUCAAUUUUCGUGGUGAAAUGUGUAGAAUCGAAAAUGUUUCCGGCUGGCCGUUUACAUGUUACCGUUUUCAGUAAUAUGGUGCCCAAUAAAAGCGGUAAUUUUUCGUGUUCUUGUAAAAAGCUGAAACUCAUUUUGGAACCGGAUAAUUCGGUGACCAUGAAACAAGAAAUCUGUGAUCAUUUGCUAUUGUUAUUAGCGGCCAUCUUAAAUAAACCGGAGGGUAAAACAUUAUAUGGUAGAUUUUUGGAUUUACUGCAGUAUUUAUGGAUGCCUACCAGUCUGAAUACGCCCAUUGUGGAUUGUGGCACUGCUAGACCAUCACAAUUUAUGGACUACGAUUUGGGUUUGGUAAAGUGCAAAGAAAGUAUUAAAGUUGAAAAUGACAAUUCAGAUGAUAUUUUCAAUUUCACUGAGGAGCUGUUUGCGGAAAAUAAUAUACCUGAUUUUUCUGACAUCAUUUUGGAUGUUAACAAUGACAAACAAACCAAUAUACAACAGUUUAAGAAACCUCCACAACAAACGCCUACUUCAGAAAUGCAUAUAAAAGAUCCUAAACUUAAUGACACCACAGCCUGUAUAAAUGCUGAAGACUUGGACUUAAAUUUUUCCCAUAUAAAAACGCCGCAACCUAUAGAGGCCACAACAGCUAACUCCACAACACAAACUGUCAUUGAUUUCAAUGAGAAUGGUCUAAGUGUUAUAGAGCAAUUCCAACUGAAUCACAAUAUGCAAGUGUCAAAUGACAAUAUAGAACUGGCAAAAGAUAUAGAAAAUCUCAAUAAUUUAGAGUCUCAAGUAAUGGAAACAUCAAACAUAUAUCCCAUUUACAAUAAUAAACAGAAAUCAUUAUUAAAAACUUCUAUAACUGGCAGUAAAUUUAACAAUAAUGCAGAAGAGCUUAACCUAAAGCCAUGUAUUAAUGUAAUUAAUACCACAACAGUACCUGUACAGAAAUCUAUAGUUUUAAAACAAGGUCCAGUUAAAAUUAUAAAACUUGCUACACCCAUACAAAAGCUGCCCUUUGAAAGAAAUAACAAAAUUAUACAAAUAUCUAAACUAAAUCCUAAUAAAAUAAUUUUAGUUAAAUCUAAUCAAGCUGUGGCAAAACAAUUUAUUUUACCACAACUAACUGAAGCAAAUCCUGCAGACAAUAAACUACCCGGUUUAAGUUAUGAGAGUUGGUUGGAUCAUAUAAUCGAAGUUAUAAAUGACAGUAUUAACAUACAAGAUUCGUCUAAUGUAAAGAGUACGUUUCAUGUACCUGAAACAAUUUUUAAUCAUUUUAAUAAAACCUUUGCCUUAAAUAACAAACGAAGACUGCCAAAUACCACUAGUGUUGUAAAAAGUGGUAAAUAUAAAGAUCUUAUAAAAUAUACCUGGUAUUUGAAUCAAGCCUCUGCGGUGCAAAGAAUAUUUAGCAGUAAAAAUCUGAAAAUAGAAUUGGAACGCUCAUAUCAGCGUUUAAAUGAUGGAGGUUUUGAAUUGUAUGUACCAGCCACGAUACAGUUGACAGAAAAUAACAAUUUUAGACCAAUAUAUCCCAAAAUUCAACUUUAUAAAGCAUUUAUACAAUUCUCAAAUAACGCGGAAUUAUCAGCAAACAAUAUACAGCCCCCAAAAUGUGGCCUUAAAUUAGAAUGGCUGCCCUCUGCGUUUCCCAAAAGUAAUUUUGGUUUAAUGACCAUCGAAUUUUGCGUAAGUGUUAAAGAACCAGAGGUCACACUGUAACCUUUACAUAUCAGUUGUCCCAUAUAAACAGUAUUAUUUUCUUUUGUCUGUUGUUAAAUAAAUAGUAAUGAAAACAAAAAA